AUGAAGGCCUCCCUCGUUAUUUUUGUUGUUGCACUUGUUUUAAUAGUUUUAGAUUUUAUUGAAGCAUCUCCCUUCCCUCCAGCUAAGGGUGCUCCUCCAGCUAAGGGUGCUCCACCAGCUAAGGGUGCUCCACCAGCUAAGGGUGCUCCACCAGCUAAGGGUGCUCCACCAGCUAAGGGUGCUCCUCCAGCUAAGGGUGCUCCUCCAGCUAAUAAUGCCAAACAACAAGCUCCUCCAGCUAAUAAUGCCAAACAACAAGAUUCUGGUCUAACACCUAAUAACCCUUCUGCCAACCCUUGUAAUAAUGAUGGCCUUACACAAACUAACGGUUUACAGUCAAAUAAUUCUUUUUGUGUCCCAACUCAACUGGGUGAAAUACCAGCUUCCAGUGCAAUGACCUCAACCAUAAUAACAAACCCUCAAUUUGGACAAACCAUUCCUGCCAAUACACCAUUCAAUGUUACUUGCAAUGUACUCAAUUUGAAUACAGGAUUUUUUGAUAAUCCUGAUAAUCAAUAUUACAAAUUUUCACAACAACUUGGUAAAAAUGGAGUUAUUGAUGGACAUUCCCACAUUACCAUUCAAAAUAUUGGUAAUAUCAAUACUAAUACAGCUCCAAAUGCUAAAACUUUUGAAUUUUUCAAGGGGUUAAAUGAUCCAGCAAACAAUGGCGUCUUAACUGUUGCUGUUGUUCAAAAAGAUGGUAAAACACCAGGUUUGACAGCUGGAAGUUACAGAGUCUGCACAAUGAGCAGUUCUUUUGGUCAUCAACCUGUGCUUAUGCCUGUCGCUCAACGUGGUGCCCAAGAUGAUUGUGUUCGUUUUACUGUCAAAUAG